GUAUAAACAACUAAUUGCAUGUGAAGUGCUCUGUUGUGCUUAGGGAAAGAGGUAAAGUAAAACAACCUAAAGGAGGACACCAAAGUAAUUUGGUGCUGUGUGCAUCAAUCGGGCCAGGUCAGGUUACUGCUGUGGGUUGCUGCAGUGUGACAACCCUUUCAGUGCUGUUCUGGUGCCUGGCAAGCAAUUCAGUCCUGCUGUAGAUGCACCUAACGUUUGGAUGAAGCACUGUGUCUACUAAAGCUGUGUGUGAGCAGGCAGCAACUUCAUGGUGAGCAGUGAGCUGGGUUUGCAGUGUGGGCUUCACAUGACUUCAGUACUCACCAGCGUGGACGUGGCCGUGACCAUCACCUGCACCCAUGGCUGAAAUGGAUCACAUUAACAGCAGUGCCUCAGAAAGAGAAGGAACUGCAAGUGCAGAGAAUGACCAGGACUCUCUAUACUGCCUGGAGACUCCCUAUGGCUUUCAGCUAGACCUGGACUUUCUCAAAUAUGUGGACGAUAUUCAGAGGGGUAACACAAUCAAGAAGUUAAACUUCCAGAGAAAGCCUAAAGUGGUCAGGCCCCCUGUGGUGCCACAGACUGAAUGGAUCUCGACUGAGUCCCUCUCCUCAUCCAACAGCGAUGAGAGCAAGCAAGCCCUGUUCAUCUCCACGCCGAGAACACAACCUGACCCCCCUCCAGGCAGAAGUGGCUCCAUCCAUGAGGCUCCCGUGGCUCUUCUGAGUGGCCCUGAAGCCCAGCUUCUGCCGCCCCCCUCCCCGGCCACGCACAGGCAGAAUCUGCAUGUGGAGAAGACGCUUAUGGAGACACGUCGCCGGCUGGAGCACGAGCGCCUGCUCAUGCAGGCUCCCGCCAACGACCCCCCCCGCCGCCGCUUGGCCAGCUUCGGGGGCGUGGGAUCGAACAGCUCCUUAUCGUCCUUCACUGGAUCCAGCCAGAACCAGACCUUCUAUAACGGACACCAGCCGAACGGCGAGCACAACGUCUUCUUCAGUUCAUCCAUGGGCAGCUCCAUCCGUCAAAGCCCCAUGAGUUCAGGAAUGACUACCCCGGUCACCAACGUCAGCCCCCUGCACCUGCAGCACAUCCGGGACCAGAUGGUAGUGGCGCUGAAGAGGUUAAAGGAGCUGGAGGAGCAGGUAAAGACCAUCCCAAUCCUGCAGGUCAAGAUUUCGGUCUUGCAGGAAGAGAAGAGGCUGCUGGCCUUGCAGGCGAACAACCCAAAACUAUCCGGUCAGAACCAGGGUGGCGCUUUCCGGAAACGGUCGCACAGUGUUGGGAGCGCGGAGCACUUUGAGCAGCUCUCCCAGGUCCGUAUGGAGUCAGAGCUGCACAUCGACUCCGAGGAGGAGCUGGAGAGCAAAGGCAGGAGCUCCCAAAGACUGGAGGAGUUCAGGCAGCUGACUGCAGAAAUGCAGAAGCUGGAGAAGAAGUUUGAGGACAAUAACUGUGAAGCUCAGCCCAGCCUAAACCCAAACGCAGAGCAGAGACUAUUGAUCAGGGAGCAAAGGUCUGUCGCCGUAGGGGAGGAUGAAAACAUGAAUAAUGUAGUUAUUUAUCGCGCGUCGCCGGAUCGGGUCAGGGACGUGGCCGUGGAGACGGAGCUGGAGAUGACGAGCACAGCAGUCGGGGUGACCGAGGCCAUGCUGGGUGUGACCACAGAGGCCGAAAUGGAGAUUGAAAUGCAGCAUCAGGCUAUCGAGGCCUUCAAGGAUAAGAUCUACCGGCUUGAAGUGCAGCUGACAGAGGCCAUGCACAUGGUAGAAAUGGGCAAGCUGAAACUGGAGCUUCAAGCAGCGGGAUCCAAGAAGAGGGCUGACAAGGGCACAAUGGCCCGGCCGGAAACCUACAGCACAGCAGUAGAAGCUAAAGUGGAGAUGCAAAGUCAAGGAGUGGGACACGAGGUGGAUUUUUCUGUUGCAGUGGGAGUGUCAUGCAAUCCAGAACUGCAGAGUGUUGCUGUAGGUCCUGACGUCCCCAUGGAGCGAUGGGUUGUACAGGAAAGAGUAGAAACUCAUGAACAGGCUACAGGAAUACAUGUUGUGAUGUCUAAUCAGUGUGUGGGGGUAAGUCCGAAUGUUUGUGAAGUGGGAGUUGGUACAGAGGAGGCUGUGGACUGUUUGGGCCUUUCCAGAUUUGGGCCUGCGAGUAAGGAGUACAGAUCAGUGGGAUCGGGGGAUUGUUCAGUGGAUGUGGCAGUCUGUCCUGUGAAAGAGCUGGUUUCUUGUGGCACAGGCACAGAUCAGGUGGUAAAAGUUGACUUUGGAGUCACGGCCGUACCCCAGACUCGCUCUCGGCACACAAACACAGCGGUGGAUGCCGCGAACAAGUUUACCAACACGGAAAUGGUCGAUUUGACUGAGGCCAGUACAAAUACGAGUCCAGACACUCGUGACAAACACACCAGCACAGUUCCAGUGGAGACCAGGUCAGUGUCUGUGGGAGAUGGACGUGUGAAAGAUGUACAGACGGCUGUAAAAACACGCUCUAUUGCAGUGGGGACUUCAGUGAGGCCAGACCCUGCUCUGGACAAGUCGGCUAUAGCCAAGACCAAAGAUAGCGGGGUUGGGUUAGCCAACAUAAAUGAGAACUUUCUGGUUGGGUUGAAAACGAGGAACAUUGCUUGUGGGCCCUCUCGCCUACCUGAUCCUGCCAUAACGAGGAGCAUCGGAGUCGGGGGGGAGAGAGUGCGGGAAGUGGCCCAAAUGCAGCAGUCUGCACCAGAGACUGCACCAGAGACAGCAGCUGGUCUGGACCACUACAUCGAGAGGGUGCAGAAACUCCUGCAGGAACAGCAAAUGCUGCUGGCAGAGAACUACAGCGAGCUAGCGGAUGCCUUCGGCCAGCCUCAUAGCCAGAUCGGCUCCAUCAACAGUGAACUGGUCAACACCUUGUCCUCCAUCAACUCCGUGAUGAAGUAUGCCAGCACAGAGGAGCUCCGUGUCUUUGACAGCCAGAAGCUUGACUCUACAACGUCCAUUCAAGAAGAGAGUAAGCCUCAGCUGGUCAGUGGGGCCAGUUCCCACAUGAACAUGACUGCCCGGUCGGUGAAGAAGGUCACGCAGAUGGAGUCUGUGGUGUCUGACAACACAAGGCCUCCCAGACAUCCACAGAGCCUGAUAGAUCAGCAGAUGUCGUCUGCUUUACAUGGGCCGGCUUGUGACCGUAAUGCUCUCAAGUCCAUCAUGAAGAAGAAAGAUGGCCGACAGGGUUCCAGCAGCACCAAAAAGAACCUCCAAUUUGUGGGUGUUAAUGGAGGGUACGAGACGACGUCGAGUGAUGACUCCAGCUCGGAGGAGAGCAGCUCAGAGGAGUCUGAGGAUGAAGUGGAGGAGGAGAAUCUCUGUGUAGGAGAGGAGGCAGAGCAGAGGAGGGUGGAGGAGUUCUGUAACGACGCUGCAGUGGAGCUUGGAGGAGGCGGACCAGAGAAAGUCGAAAUACGAGAGAGGUAUGAGUUGAGUGAGAAGAUGAUGUCAGCGAGCAGUGUGCUGAAAACCCACUUGAACGAUCCAAAGGCUUUAACCAGCAAAGAUGUGAGAGCAAGUCUGAACACCCUCCAGCACGAGUGGUUCCGCGUGUCCAGUCAGAAGUCUGCGGUGCCCGCCAUGGUGGAGGACUACAUCUCUGCUUUCAGAGCCGUGUCGCCGGCCGUGCUCCGGCACGUCGUGAAUUUGGCCGAUGGCAACGGCAACACGGCCCUCCACUACAGCGUGUCACACUCCAACUUCCACAUCGUCAAGAGGCUGCUGGACGCAGAUGCCUGCAAUGUGAAUCAGCAGAACAAGGCGGGCUACACUCCCAUCAUGCUCGCUGCCCUGGCGGCAGUGGAGGCAGUGAAGGACAUGCAGAUCGUGGAGGAGCUCUUCAGCAAAGGGGACGUGAAUGCCAAAGCCAGCCAGGCUGGUCAGACCGGGCUGAUGCUGGCCGUCAGUCACGGGAGGAUGGACAUGGUGAAGGCGCUGCUGGUCUGCGGGGCGGACGUUAACAUCCAGGACGACGAGGGGUCGACGGCCCUGAUGUGCGCCAGCGAGCACGGCCACGUGGAGAUGGUGAAGCUGCUGCUGGCCCAGCCCGGCUGUGACGCCACACUCUGCGACAACGAUGAGAGUAACGCCCUCUCCAUUGCUCUGGAGGCUGGACACAACGACAUCGCCAUGCUGCUGUACGCUCAUGUCAACUUCUCCAAAGCCCAGUCUCCGGGGACACCUCGUCUCGGGAGAAAGGUUCCUCCGAGCCCCACUCGGAGGACUGCGUUUGAGUAGCGUGAACACACGUCUGUUUCCCAGCUCCAGCUGCUGCUAUCGGUUCAUGUUAACCUGAACACAACUGAAUGAAUGUAUUUACAAGUGUAUCUCUGUGCCUGAGUUCACCAGCAGUAACCAACAGUAGAAGAAAGAAAGCAUUACGCUUAUUCUAAAUUGUUAUUCAACUGGAAGUGUUCAAACUAGUUAUUUCAUACACUUGUAUAUGGAAAGUAGUUGGUUCAAGUUAUUCUUCAGUAUUGUUUCACUAUUUAAAUUGCCAAUCAAUGCCGUCAGUGGAGCCCAUGUUUAUAUACAAAAGAAAGAUUCAGAUUCUGGAGCUGACUGGUUAAUGGUAGUGCAUUUUUCUUUUCUUUUUUUUACUUUUUGUACAAAUAUAAUUUUUCCUCUACAUGUCUUCUAUAUUUUGAGAUAUGAAACCUCUUACCCAAGUAUGUGCCUUUGAAUAAUACAGUGAUAGGGUUUGAAUAUAUCAUAUUUUCAUAUGUAUUCAUAUUUAGAUUGGAUAAACAAUCUAUCUUUUGUAAAAGAUCAUUUAUAUCUAUUUAAAAAUCACUAUAUUGUAUUAUUUCAGAUUCCCUAAAUGACAUGAAGUUUAAUAUUUAUCAGUUUAGUAGGUAAUCGUUUUUAAUGGAUACACAUUUUAUUUUCCAGUAUAGACUGUAUCUUAGAGCAAUUACAUGCAUAACACCAUAUGUUUUCUUUAAUAUCCAAUGUACCAUUAAUAAGCUUUCUAAGCAGGUACAUCUAAUUAAAUAUCUCAAGUGCCUUGCAUCUGCCAUUUAACUAAAUAAAGUUAUCUGAAUUGUCA